GGGGCAACAGCGACGGAGAAAACAACAACAAGAGAACAGCGAGAUGGCUCCAUGAUUACAGGCCAACUUCACUCUCACCCAGUUACUAUCCACAACCUACCCGACUGCUGCUUUCUCACACGGCUGGAUUAGAUGGUGCCGGGCCCAUGAACUUGGCUAGUCAGAGCGGGGAGACCGGCUGUAGCCAGCUCCUCUUCGCCAACUUUAACCAGGACAACACGUCUUUAGCUGUUGGAACCAAAUCAGGCUACAAGUUCUUCUCCCUAUCGUCUGUGGACAAGUUGGAGCAGAUUUAUGAAUGCACGGACACAGAGGAUGUGUGUAUUGUAGAGCGUCUGUUCAGCAGUAGUCUGGUGGCGAUCGUCAGUCUGAAGGCUCCUAGGAAGCUGAAGGUCUGUCACUUCAAGAAGGGAACGGAGAUCUGUAACUAUAGUUACAGUAACACUAUACUGGCUGUCAAGCUCAACAGACAGAGGCUGAUAGUAUGUCUGGAGGAAUCUCUGUACAUCCACAACAUCAGAGACAUGAAGGUCCUGCACACCAUCAGAGAGACACCUCCCAACCCCUCAGGGUUGUGUGCUCUCUCCAUCAGUAAUGAUAACUGUUACCUGGCCUACCCCGGCAGUGCUACAAUAGGAGAGGUCCAGGUGUUCGACACGGUCAACCUGAGGGCAGCCAACAUGAUCCCAGCCCAUGACAGUCCAUUAGCAGCUGUGGUGUUUGAUGCUAGCGGAACCAAACUGGCCACAGCCUCGGAGAAGGGUACGGUGAUUCGUGUGUUCUCCAUCCCUGAAGGACAGAAACUGUUUGAGUUCCGUCGAGGAGUCAAAAGGUGUGUAUCUAUCUGUUCCCUGGCCUUCAGUAUGGAAGGCCUCUACCUAUCAGCAUCCAGUAACACGGAGACGGUCCACAUCUUCAAACUAGAGACGCAGAAAGAGAAGCCAACAGAGGAGCCGACGACAUGGGGUGGAUACUUUGGGAAGGUCCUGAUGGCGUCCACCACCUACCUGCCCUCUCAGGUGACAGAGAUGUUCACUCAGGGACGAGCCUUCGCCACCGUACGACUGCCCUUCUCUGGACACAAGAACAUCUGUGCUCUGGCCCUGAUCCAAAAGAUUCCUCGUCUACUGGUAGCAGCAGCUGAUGGAUAUCUGUACCUCUAUAACCUGGACCCACAGGAGGGGGGAGAGUGUACCCUGAUGAAACAACACAGGUUAGACGGCAGUGCUGAGCCGCCCAAUGAGAUCCUGGAACAGGGGUCACAUGACCGACCCCUUACUGCACAGACCUACAACACUGCUGGGAUGAAAGGUUACUGUGAGGAGGCGGGUGCAGUGGGAGGGGCGGGACUAGAGGAUGACCUCAGCGAUUUGCGAUUGGACGAUGAGAAUGAAGAGCAGCCGCCACUCAUCCUGGAGACGGACUGACUGACAGCUACAGCAACCAAUCAGAGAGCCCCUCUGGUGCUGCUAGGAACAUGUAACAUGGAGGGUGGGAUUAAAAACUCUCAGCGUUCAACAGCGCCUCUGUCUGUCUGUCUGUCUGUGGAUGUAUACAUGUUUCUCCCUCCCUCUAACUCCCUCCCU